UAGGAUUUAGAUAAUUCCGAUCAUAAUAGGAUUUCCUUUCUGGUGAGCAUAGUAGAUUCCCAAAAUUUACAAGACGUCAAACCAACUGUGAUCAUCGUGAUACCGCAAUCACCAACUGAGAAAAAGGUUAUGUCCUCUACAUAUAUAGUGAACAUCCCUGACGACGACGACGACGACGACGAAGAAAUAGCAGUGCCAUAUUAUCACAAAGCCAAGAAUGUUAUCUCAGUCAAACAGUACUCUGAUAACAGAAACCUCCAGCUCGCAAUCAUGGCCUCUACCGGCUUCCCAAAACCUAAUAGGUCUAAAAGAAGGUUCAUAGACCUCACUCACGAAUACCCAAAUGACGACGAUGAUGUUAAAGUCAUAGCUUCAUGGACGCCCUCCCGGAAGAUAAGAAGAAAGCCCUUUACGAUCGCCGAUAAAGGUGAAUCUUCUAAUUCCAAAUCUGAAAAAGGGGGGUCUUCUAAUUCCAAGUCUACUUCUGAUGAUCUUCAUGCUCCAACCUUUAUAUGUGAAAUCUGUGUUGAGCCAAAGUCAUACAAGGAAUCAUUUAGCAUAAUGGGUUGUACACAUUCUUAUUGUUCCGAUUGUAUGAUCAAAUAUGUGGCUUCAAAGCUACAAGACAACAUCACGCAGAUUCGAUGCCCUGUUUCGGACUGUAAAGGGCUUUUGGAGCCCGAGCAUUGCCGAUCCAUUUUGCCCCCGGAGGUGUUUGAUAGGUGGGGGAGUGCUCUCUGCGAGGCGGUGAUUCUAGGGUCUGAGAAAUUUUAUUGCCCUUACAAGGAUUGCUCGGCGCUUUUGAUCAAUGACCCAGUAAAUGGAGAGGUUAUUAGACAAUCCGAGUGUCCCAAUUGCUACAGGUUGUUUUGUGCCCAGUGUAAUGUGCCUUGGCAUUUGGGGAUCGAGUGUGCGGAGUUUCAGAAAUUGAACAAUGAUGAGGAUGAGAGAGAGGAGGCUGGUGUUAGGUUUAAGCAGCUUGCUGAGGAGAAGAGUUGGAUUCGGUGUCCCAAUUGCAGAUUCUAUGUUGAGAAAACGCUAGGGUGUAACACUGUGCACUGCAGUUUGGUUUGUUCAUCCUCUUCUUCUUUUUUUCAUUUCAUAUACCUUUAUAUAAAAUUAAAUUUUAAAAAUGAAAUAAAAUAUGCAUAACGAUUUUUGUUUGAUGAAUUUCUAAUGGGAAAAUGCUAUACUUCACGAAUUUUAAUUUGUGAUUUUAUGAUUGCUUUGUGUGUUUAAAAAUAAUUUUUUAAUAUAGAAAAGAUGGAAGAAGAGAAAAAAUAGCAAAACUUAUAAUUAUGGAAUCCAAAUCUAGUAUGACUUGAAUUCAAAGUUUGGAAGACUCUUUCUAUUAUAUAUUUAAAUAAUUAAAACUAGUAGUUAUAAAUUUUUACCAUGAAUUAGUUGGUGAAUAACCACUUGAGCAUAAACACGCAGAUAACUUGGUUUUUUUAAAUAAAUAAAAAAAAAAAUUAGGAGAACAUAGUUUUUUUUAUUUAUUAGGAUAAUAACUUUUGCAUGCGAACUCUAGGCUCACACUUUCUUCAAUUUGGAAAGGAGUAGGAGUUGUCUAAUUAGUGGGAAUUAAUUUCGAUACUAUCUUAUUAAUUCUUUAGGUUAAUUACACCCGCACUCUCUGAGGUUUGCUCUAUUAAUAGUCAGAUGAAAGAUAGUCUAUUUUUAAACAAUGACACCCCCUCAAGUUUGCUCCGAUUGACAAAGACACCCCUUAACAUUCUGACAUAGGAUAAAAUGACUAGAAAGCUCUUUGACUUGUCAAUUGACCCAUUAUAGUGCUAAAAUUACCAAUUUAACCUUCUAACUAAUUUUAAUAUACCAAACUAACCUCUUCAGAAUACAUAUAUGUAUAUGUGUAGAUAUAUAUUAUCUUCUCCAAUUAUACUUAAACAUAUACAUAUAUAAUUAUAUAUAUUGAAAGAGAAUGAAGAAGAGGAGGGGAAGAAGAAGAUAUAAACCAUUUUAAUCCUACUAGUAUGGAGAGAAAAAUUGAAUAAUUUUGAAAGCAAAUCCUUAUGUAAUAUAAAUGGAAAUUAAAAUUAUUUAUAUAUAUAGUUCUUCUUCAGUUUUUUUAUAUUAUAAAUAAAUAAAAAAGCUUCCAAACACACACUCACAUAUACACACACACCAGGGUUUUGAAGAGAGACCCACAUCUUUCUUAAAAAAAAAAAAUAAAAAAAAAAAAAAAUAAAAUAA